AUAGCUAAGGAGACAGUCCCGGACGCCAGAUGUUGCCCUCACUUGCCUUCGUCUGGGCCUCUCAACACUCUCUGUUUACCUGCAGUUCUGCAUCGCUUGGGCUUGUCACCACACCCGCACUGCCCCUGGUGCCCCACGGUGGAGGAAACUAUUGAACACUCGCCCCUACUCAGCCCUCGCUUCUAUUCCCACUGCGUUGUGCUCCGCGACCAACCAAGCCCUCGGGACCAACAUCCUUGACCUGCCCAACCUACUGGCGGCAGUGGGCAGCCCUCUACGCCAAAAACAAGAACAAUAAGAGAGAAGGGAAAGGCAUCUCAGUUGUCGCCGAUCAGCAGGAGCAGUGAGGAGGUCAACAUGAUUCCAGAAGUGGAUAUUUUUGUUGGAAAUUACACGAUUAUUGAUCAGGAAGUGUUUGAGUUAUGGGUGCAGGGUUACUCUGUGGUGGAGUGUGUGUCGGUGUUGCAGCAGCGCGGGGAGCUGGAGGCUUGGGGGGCGGCGCAGGACCUCCUUGCUUCGGACACUGGGGACCACUAUCGCACCUUUGGCAUGCUGGAGAAGCUGCUGCUCACGCCCCCUAAGCUGGCCGAGGAGUGGACCUUUCAGCUGGAGCCCGCCGUACAGCGCAUGGUCAUCGAGAAGUAUUACGAGCUGGACGACAUCGUUAUCCGAGAAAUCAUUGGAAAGAAGUUAUCGGGCCGAACCAGGAAGGAUCUUGACGACGUGGCUGAGAAGACAGGUGUGCUUCUGAGAUCCUGCAGACGUCAAUUUGAUAACGUGAAGCGGAUUUUCAAGCACGUGGAUGAGAUGACUGGCUCAGUGAUGGCCAAUAUCCAGUCUGCCUUCCUGCUGCCACCGCCGCUGGCCAAGAAAUAUGCAUCGAUCGUCUUCAUCAUCAACAACCGCUUUGAGACAAGCAAACGCAAGCUGAACUACUUAACGUUUGAGGACUUCUCAGUGUGUGCGUCCCUCAUGAUGUCGUCCUGGACCACCGCGAGCCCCCUGGCCCCCGCGCUGGCCCCAGACACCAGGGAUGAUACUGAUUUUGACAGGGACUUCCUCAUUGAGCUCAGGGACUUCAAACUUCUGCUGGAUCGGGAAAAGGAGCAUCGGAACGUCACCCUAAGCCACCUCAGAGGGAAGAUACCAGACCGCAUGUGCUCAGAGGUGGAAAGCAACUUCAAGAUUUACUCAAGGGGCAUUAUAAACAUCGGCUGCUCCCUCAACAACUCUCGGGACCUGAGGGAUUUCUUUGUGGAUGCUGUGGAGAGGGUGGUGGAGCCCUGCAGACAGGCUAGGUGGAGGUCCCCUGAGCUGGAGAUCUUCCUGAAGGUGUACGCUGAAGCUGGGUCUGCCCUGGAUAUUAUGGCCAGCGACCACUCCCUGCGCACCACGUGGGAGAGGUACAUGAACACAAUGAGAGUGUGCCUGAUGCAGCUGUACCACUCUUGACGCCACGCCCCGCCCCUGCGCCUCACAAGGACCUCAACCGUGCAGGAGAAGGUGGUGGUGGCUGACUGACCCUCACUGUCGCAAGCUCAUCGCCAGUCAAGCCUAGAGUGAGUGGCUGGGUACAUCACUGCCUCACUUAGUCCCUCAAGAAGUCCUUAGUCUAAUCUAUCACCCCCUUCUUUCCUUUCUUUCUUUCUUUUUCUUUCUUUCUUUCUUUCUUUCUUUCUUUCCUAAACUACAUGUGGAUUUGUUGUCUUACUUCACUGCCUCACUUGGGUUUUCAGUCUAAUCUAUCAGCCCCUUCCUUCUUUCCUUCCUUCCUUUUUAUCAUCUCUUCCUUCCUUCCUUCCUUUUUAUCAUCUUUUCCUUCCUUCCUUUCUUUCUUUCUUCUUAGCCGUCUCAAUGUUCACUCAUUCAGGUUUUCAGUCUAAUUUCUCAAUCCUUCCAUCCUUCCUCCAUUCCUUCCUUUAUUCUCUUCCUCCUUUUUCUUUCUUCCAUCUUCUCUUCUUCCCUCUCGUGCCCUCCCUCCCUCCCUCCCUCCCUCCCUCCUAAGCUGCACCUGAAGGGUCUUAGCUAACAGGUAACAUUAGUGGCCUCUGUGCAUGUAAGUAUCAGAUACAGAAUAAUGAAUGCUGAGUUACAAAUUCCGUAGAUAAAAAAUGAAAGAAAAUGGUGAAUCGGGUUAAGAAGCACUUGAGAAAUGGAAUUUAUAAGACCUUAAAAUUUUGCGUCAUUGAAACAGGCGAAAGAUAAAUGAACGAAGGCGAAUGUUGAGUUACAAAUCCCAUAAAUAAAAAGUAAAAGAAGGAAUUUUGAAUCAAGCUAAAAAAAAUGGGAAAAAUAUAAGACAUUGAUGUUUUGCUGCCCUGUAACAGACUGAAGAUAAACAAAUGAAAGGGAAUGUUGUGUUAUGAAUUCCCUAUGUAAAAAAAAACAAGAAAAUGAUGAUACAGGCUAAAAAAUACAAGGAAAUGGUGAUACAGAGUAAAUAACACAAGAAAUUAGUAAUACAGGCAAAAAAAUACAUAGAAAAUUGAAAAUGCUAGUGGUAAAUUUUUGCAAUGUAUUCUUAGGCAUGAGUAAAGACUUAUUAUGAAGACUCUAGGAUAAAUAGACAAGUUCUUUAUCUUUAACAUUAUGUCAUGGUUUAUAAUCCUUGUUGAACUACAGAACCAUAUAAAUACCUCAGAAAAACUCGAAAAAAAAAUUGAUAACUUAUACUAAACAUUAGGAAGGGUUGAGAUAAAUAAAUAAACAGUUUUCUCAUUCUUUUUACAUUUUUCAUGGUGUUUAACCCUUGCUGAACUACAAAACCAUGAAAAUAUCCUUGGAAAAAGCUGGAUAAUUAAGAAUAGAAGUUAGGUGUUGAGAUCAUGAAAUGCAUAACUACACCAACUGUUUCCUUCACCGAGAUUGAAAAUAAACUCGGUGAAUGAUAAAUGGCCGAGAGUAAAAAAAAAUUAAUGAGUCUAUCGGGCCAAGCAACACAAGCAAACACUGGAAACACAAGCCAAGGUGUUUUGGUUUGAAAGGCCAAGUGUUUUAUUUAUUUAUUCAUUUAUUCAUUUAUUUAUUUAUUUAUUUAUUUUGUCAUUCCAGAAAAAAAUAAAAAAAACUAGUCAUUGGGAACAACUUGUAUAUUUGUGAAAGUUGUAUAGAAAAUGUUGUGUUACCUGUGGUGUAUAUUGGGAAUGUUUGUGUAUAACUUUUGUAUUUUUUGGGGAGUUGCUUAUAUAAUGUGUGUGUGUGUGUGCGUGUGUGUUAUAAACAUACAUACGCUGGUAUAAGGUAGCACAGUGUAUAUUGAAAAUGCUUAUUGCUUUGCGUAUAUUAAAAUAACAUGUUUACUUGUAACUUGUUUAUUUUUGGUUGUGUGUGUGUGUGUGUCCUAUAAAGAAACAUACACCGUCAUAAGACAUGUAUGCAGUGUGUUAUAUAUUAAAAAAUGUUUAUUGCUUUGUAUAUAUUGAAAUAAUGAAUCUUUAUGUAUAAAUCAUGUGUUAUUUGCUUUGUCUUACAAACAUACAUACACCUUGUUAAAAGCCAUACACACUUUAUUCAUUGUAUAAAAAAAAAUAUAUAUAUAUAUAUAUACAUAGAUUUCUUCUGUACAUGCCAAACAUUCUUCAUGUUCUUUGUUAUGUUAUAAUGCAAUGAAAGCAGCACUGUAAAUAACACAAAACACAAAUGUUGUUGUUGUUAACCCUUUCACUGUGAUAUACAACUGAUCACAACUCUUAAAAAGUCAAGCAUCCAAUCUUUAAAGAAUCUGUAAAAAAAAAAAAAAGA